UCACGCGCACACUCGCGCGCGCCCAGCCGAGAGUUUUACUGAGUAGGUCUGUGGUGUUCGUUCUUUUUUCCUCCUCUGCUCCUCUUGUCGGAUCACUCACAGCUCUAGCUUCAACUAAAACAGCUGAAACUCAGCGAGCCCGUUUUCUUCGUGUGAAUUAACUUCCAUACUGUCAACAUGGCCAGCAGAGGAACCGUAAAACCCAGUGCGAAUUUCAGUGCCAGUGCAGAUGCUGAGGUGCUUUACAAGGCCAUGAAAGGGCUUGGGACGGAUGAGGAUGCCAUCUUGCAGCUGGUGACCGCCCGCAGCAAUGCACAAAGGCAGGAGAUCAAGACUACCUAUAAAACUCUCUUUGGAAAGGAUCUGAUAAGUGACCUCAAGGGAGAGCUUAGUGGUAAAUUUGAAACCCUGAUCGUGGCAUUGAUGACCUCACCUCUCGCUUAUGAUGUGAUGCUACUUCGCAAUGCCAUCAAGGGGGCGGGAACAGACGAGAAGGUCCUGGUGGAGAUUCUUGCCUCCAGAACACCAAAGCAGGUGAAGGAUAUCUCUGCUGCUUACAAACAAGAGUACGAUGAUAACCUGGAGGAGGAUGUAGCCGGGGAUACUUCAGGUCACUUCAAGAGACUGCUAGUUAUUCUGCUGCAGGCUAGCAGGCAGCAGGGGAUCCAGCACGGAACUAUUGAGAGUGACGCUCAGGCCCUAUUCAAGGCAGGAGAGCAGAAGUUUGGCACUGAUGAACAAUCAUUUGUCACGAUCCUUGGCAAUCGGAGUGCAGAACAUCUUCAGAAAGUGUUUGACGCUUACAUGAAGUUGAGCGGGUACGAGAUUGAGGAGAGCAUUCAGAGAGAAACGUCUGGAAAUUUGAGAUCUCUGCUUCUUGCUGUGGUUAAGUGUGCUAGAAGUGUACCAGCAUAUUUUGCUGAGACUCUCUACUACUCCAUGAAGGGUGCGGGUACUGACGACAACACUCUGAUUAGAGUGAUGGUCUCUCGCAGUGAGGUGGACCUGUUGGACAUCAGGAGGGAGUUCAGGAGGCUGUUUCCCACCUCUCUACAUUCCAUGAUUAAGCGAGAUACUGGUGGUGAUUUCAGAAAAACCUUACUGCUGCUCUGUGGAGGAGACGAUGCAUAACCUCACAUCUGAAACAAACCAAGCCUGAAGUGCUACUUUUUCACCGAGUGGACCCUUUGGCCAUCAACUCAUCAAGAUGACAAGCUCACAACAACUUAUGGUUCAUCAGCUGUGAAUUGCAGAACCCUAAAAACAUUUUAACAAUUCCAAAUUGUCUUUGAGAGGUAGCUAACAUUUUGUUCAUGUCUGCAUUUACAAGCAGCUUUUGUUCCAAUAAUAUUUUAGCAUGAUUAAUACUGUAUCAUUCAUAUACUAUCCCAUAGUAUCAGACUUAUUUUUUAUGUUUUGUUUUUUGUCUUUUUUUUCCACUUGGUAUUUGCGGAACCAGUAUAUGCACAAAUAAACAUUUUUGUUGAAGUUCAAA